UUUAAUACGCGAUGUCCGUGUGUUGUGCAGGAGGGAGCGCUUUAUUGUUGCAUGAGAUUUUAGCCAGUGUGCAUCGAGGAAACGCCGUGCAACACAGGAACUUGCGAAUUUAGGCUCAGAAAGUAACGUGUGCGUGUUGUUUAAGCUGAGGUCUCGGCGUUUAAGUGGCGCGGUCGUUCGGAAAAUGUCGGAAAUUGUGUCGUUUUCUAGUGUGCGGGCAGGAUUCGGGCCUGUUAGCCGCAUCGCCAUCAACGAGCUCUCCCGUUAAAGAUAAAGCGGCUAGUAAGACAUGUGUCGGCCUCCCUCUCAUGAAUCCGUUGCCUUAAAUCUGAGAAGGUAAACAAGUUCCAGAUGAUUCAAUGAUUGGCCUUUGUGUGAGUUCUUGCUGAUGGAUACCCCUGAGAGCCCCACCCAGUCCCCACAAUCUCCUGAGGAGGACGAGAAGGGUCUCUCCGACAACGAGCUGCUGGAGUCGCCCGAGUCACCAGCAGAAGUAGACAAGGGAUUGUCAGACAGUGAGCUUUUAAACGAUGACGCGAAUGAAGUACAGGAGGUUGGAGGAGACUCAGACUUUGAGGAUGUAGACAGGAUAGCAGCUGGAAGAGAAGAUCCUGAGGAGGUGUCAGACUUGGAAGACUACAAGUUAGACAGGGAGGAGAGAGAAGAUGUCCACCAACAAGACAUCGGUUUGACGGCCCGAGGAAGCAGACAGAAUGCUAGCCAGUCUCCUAAGGAGGAAAUCCUUGAGACGCCGAGAUCACCUGAUCCUGACUCGCCGGGGCCAGAACAUGAGCGACCUUUCACCCCAGCAGAAGAAGAGCGAGACGAGGAGGAUGAGCCAAACACCAAGUCUGGCCGUGCUGAGUUGGAGGAUGAGGAUGAUGAGGAAGAAGAGAGGAGGCGGCGGAGGAGGGCAGCGAUGGUAGUGAGUGAUUUGAAGGAUGAAUCUUCCGUGUCCAGAGAUCUGGAUGAACAUGAGCUAGAUUAUGACGAGGAGGUUCCGGAAGAGCCCAGUGCUGCUGCUCCUGAGGAAGACGAGGGAGAGAAGGGUCCUGUCGGGGAUGAUGGAGAAGAUGAGGAAGAGGAGGAUGAAGAGGAGGAAAAAAGACGGAAGAAAAAGGAAAGAAAACCAAUUUUGCCCCCAGAUAACAAAGACACACCGCUAAGAAAAUCUGAGGACUCGAGGGAGGGAGGCAGGAGAGAUUCGUUCCGUGAUAAAAAGAAAGAGGAAGAUGAUGGAGAGAUUGAUGAAGGAGAGAUAGAUGAUGAUGAUCUUGAGGAGGGGGAGGUGAAGGACCCCAUGGACAGGAAGAUCAGACCCCGACCCAUCUGCAGGUUUUUUAUGAAAGGUAACUGCACAUGGGGCAUGAUCUGUAGGUUCAUCCAUCCAGGAGUCAAUGAUAAAGGCAACUACUCCCUCAUCUCCAAGCCAGAUCCUUUCUCUCCUAAUGGAGCACCUCCUGGAGGUGGUGGAGGAGGAGGAGGAGGAGGAGGAGGAGGAGGAGGUGGACCUCACCCCCUCAUGCCUGCUAACCCCUGGGGAGCACCUGCUGUAGAAGAGUUGCCGCCUCCUCCACCUCCUCUAGAUCCUCCGGUGGAGAGCGCCUGGGAAAGAGGCCUUAGACAUGCCAAAGAGGUGUUGAAGAAAGCCACCAUCCGUAAAGAGCAGGAACCAGACUUUGAAGAAAAACGUUUCACCGUAACCAUAGGUGAAGAUGACCGUGACUUUGACAAAGAAAAUGACUUCUUCAGGGAACGUGGCUAUCGUAUCACCAGAGAAAUCAGAGAUGCUGGUGAUAUUGAGUUCAGAGAUCCAAGUUAUGCUGAUCCGUAUGGCGACCCAUACUAUGAUUAUGAAAUGGAAGCUUUUUGGCGAGGAGGCCAGUAUGAAAAUUUCCGAGUGCAGUACACUGAGACCCCACUGCCGUACUACCCUGACCGAGAGCGAGAACGAGAUCCACGCGAGCGCCACCGCGAGAGGGAGCGAGAGCGUGAGAGAGACCACCGUGAGCGGGAGCGCAGACAGAGAGAGCGAGAAAGAGAGAGAGAGCGGGAACGGGAAAAGGAGAGCCGGCGCCGGAAAGAGGAAUGGGAGAGAGAUCGUCUGAAACGAGAUGAAAAGGAGGGACGCCCUAGAGAGCGACCUCCUAGAGAGCCCCGGGAGAAGAAGGAUGAGAAGGAGAAACCUCUCAAACCACGUUCACCCACGAACAUGCCACCCAGAGGGCCAAUGGAGCCACCACCUAAAAAGGAGAUGGUCCCGCUGCCCAAGAGGCCAGAUGAAUGGAAAGACCCCUGGCGCAGGUCUAAAUCCCCUAGAAGACGACCUGGUCUCAUGGGCUCACCUCCACGUGGUCGUAGGCGACACAGACCCUCUGGAUCUUCAGUUUCCCUUUCCAAUUCGUCUAGGUCUUCGUCCCGAUCCUCAUCAUUUACGGGUUCUGGCUCUUCCCAUUCCCGAUCUCGUUCUUCUUCAAUGAGUUCCUAUUCAAGUCACUCUUCUCAGCACAGCUCUUUCAGUGGAAGUCGCUCUAGAUCGCGAUCCUUUUCUUCCUCGCCCUCCCCUACCCCUUCAGCACAAAGAAACACUAAUAAGAACAAAGCUGAGCAGCCUCCUGGGGCAUUGAAAGGCCACCCGUUGAAGCCUGGUGUACUGCCCCCUCCUCGUAGGGAGAAAGGACCACCCAAAAUGAUGCCCAGCCCAUCUUUGCCUGAACAGCCAGGGAAACCACCUAAACCAAUCACGGAACCGGGAAAGCCCACCAACCCCCGUCCAGCUGGACGACCUCCUGGACCCAGAGAACCGAGAGAACCACCCAACAUGAGAGAAGGACGCAAAAAAGAACGUCAACAGCACAACCCACCUCGCAGGCGAACAGUGAGUGGCAGUGUAAGUGGGAGCAGUUAUUCUGGCUCCAGCUCGCGUUCAAGAUCCCGUUCCUCCUCCGCCUCACCCUCCCGGUCUCAUUCCGGAUCCCACAAAUCAAGGUCUCUGUCGGUCAGUAGCGUGUCGUCUGUCUCGUCCGCCUCCUCAAGCAGUAGCUCAGUCAGGAGCGCCGACUCUGAUGACAUGUACGCUGACCUGGCCAGCCCAGUGUCCUCCGCCAGCUCCCGAUCUCCCACUCCAGGCCAUGCCCGCAAGGAAAGGGGCCCUCCGCGGGACAGGGCUCCCAACAAAGACAGAGGUAAACCGCCAAAGAAAGACGAGCCUUUCAAAGAUGAGCGAAAACGAGUGGACCCCUCCGGUCUCCCGCCCAAAACCACCUCUGGUAUACCUAGAUCUGGAAACAGGGGUCACCCCAUGCACCCGCCUCCUAUGGGUCCUCCGGGAGGAUACGGCUCUCACAAGGACAUCAAGCUCACUCUACUCAAUAAGCAAACGGACAGGGGCAAUAGGAAAAGGUACUUUCCUGCUGAUAAAGAGCGACCCCCUUCGCCUCUCAGCAAGAGGAUAGCUCUUUCACCUGACAGAGGUCGUGACAGGAGGAUACCUGGUCGACCCUCGCUGUCCCCCAGAAUGGAUCGGCCCAAAGGACAGGGUCCUCGGCCCAUGCCACCACAAGGAGAAAGGAAGCGUCCUUUAUCUCCAACACCCAAGUCUUCUGGGAAAGGUCCGGCGGCUGUGUCUGCAGGUAAACCACCUGCUCCCGGGGCUGGAUCCGGUUCCGGCUCCGCUUCUAGUUCCGGAUCGGGAAAGCCGAGCAGCACCCUUUCUCGUCGCGAGGAGCUGCUGAAACAGUUAAAGGCUGUCGAGGAUGCUAUAGCCCGCAAAAGGGCCAAAAUCCCUGGGAAAUAAUAAAAACCCGGCUGCGGCAUCAUCCAACUUCUGGGACAUCCGUUUUCUCGACGCCCAGUGUUUGCCAGAAAUGGGAAAUGGUCGCUGUUCUGAACUCUAAGGGCAUGUGUGUCCUAGGGAAAGGAGACUGCCGUUACAUUUCUGCUUGUUUUGCCCUCAGAGAGAGGUCGUCUAGAUUUUAUAUUGAUGUGAUAAAGUUGAGAAGUGGCCCUGUUCACUUUUGUUUGUUUUUCACAGGAAGAUGGAACCUUUACUGUAGUGUGUCUCAAAGAUAAAACAAACUGUACAUUCAGCACACAUUUUUUGCUCUUCAUCCUGCCACAAUCACUUCUCUCUCAUAUUCUAGUUGCUUUAUUCCCACUCCUGUUAUUUUACGUGGUGCGUUGCGGUGUGACAGACGUAUCGCUUGAUCUGAUUGGACCAUCCUGGACGCAUCUGUGGAUUUGACGUUGGUCAUGCUAAAAAACUCUGAAACUGCCUUUUCUAAACUCUACAGUUAAGAAAGUCCACCUUUAAGCUAUGAACUUGUCUAUCCACCACCACGUCUUUAGCUGUUUUUCACAACGUACAACUACAAAGUCAGGUGACGGAAUACCUGUUGCUUAAAAUGUAUGAUUCUAGAGAACCAAUGACAGUGAUGUGAAGUAUUGCUUUUUUUUAAGAUUCUGCAUUGUUCCCCCUAGCUUUUCAAGUGAAAACCCGCAUUUUAUUUGUCCCUCAUUUUAGUUGAAAGUGUGAGAGGCUGUAAUGGGGACACCCGGAGAUAAGGAAUAAUUCCGUCUUGCUUUUUGUGACAGAAAAAAAAAAAAGCUUCUAAAUAAACUAUUUUGAUAAAGAUAAA